CGGCAUCCCCACUCUCCUAAAACAUUUUUCUAGGAUGUCCUACCUCCCUCUCCCCCCCUCACCUCUCCCUCCCUCUCUCACAUUGUGUUUACAGCGCUGGAGAGCGAUGCAUAUCUGACAUUUCUCUCUCAAUCUCCCACCAGCUCUCAUCUGAAAGCAGAGAGAAGAGAAGAGGCUUAAUAAGGACUUCACCAUUUCAUGCCAGACUACCAAAAACACCUGACCUGAGCUCACCUGCAGCAGUUCGAUCACCUGAAACCAGCCUGAGUUUCCCGGUGUAAACAGGCCAAGCAGCCUGAGCCAGCUCUGUUUUUCUUAACCAAAAUCAAUCAAAAUCUAACCUGUCCCCAUGGAGCGUGUCCAGCACAUGACCAAGUCGGCCAUACGUCGAGCAUCCAUGAUCGAGGUGACUCCCCAGGCCAAGAGGAACCUGCAGGAGCUCUUCGUCAACUUCACCCUCAUCCUCAUCUGCCUGCUCCUCAUCUACAUCAUCGUCCUGCUGAGCAGCUGAGGGAUACAGGGGCCUGACACCGUACGACAUGGCAGACAUAUUUGGACGAGGGUUGGGUUGAGAUGUGAUCUUUAAAGCCAUAUUUAUCAGCCUCAUGUUUUCAGCUUCAUCCUGACAGCAAUGAAGAAAGAUCAUGGAGGUCAAAGAAAUCUAUAUGAAUCUGGCCAAACUCUCUUUUUGUUGAGGGAAUGAUCAAAAGUGACCCGGCUUCAAUAGUUUAAACUUCCCUGAUAUACUGAAUGUAUAUUUCUGCUGCUCUUUAAGUCCCUGCUUACCUUAAGUUUAAGUUGAUUUACAAAGGAGACUGAUGCCCUUUAUUCAAGCCAUAUUGCAUAUCAGUGUCUCCUGCUUUAAGGGAAUAAUAUGUAAUAUUGCAUUACAUCGUAUUAAAAGGAAUAGACUUGUGUUAAAUAUUUUGUAGAGUUGUUUAAUAAUAACUAGAAAUCUAUAAAUUGAAUCAAGGAGUUUCAUUUGCUCCACUUGUCAAUUUUCAAGCAGGAUAAAUUGACUUUUUAACAAAGUUUUAAGACACAUAUAUAUACACACAACACUUUUCUAGAUAUAAGUAGUCUUUUAAUUUAACCAGAUAAAGGGUUCCAGUCUCCAGGUGUCUGGAUCUUAAGUUAUCAAUGAAAAUAAGCCUAAAUGCCUAUGAGAAAUCAUCUUUUUAAAUGUUAAACUCAUUUUUUACAGAUUUUAAUCACUGGUUCCAUUAGUUUUGGAGAAUAAAUACCUUUAUGCACAUUUAUGCACCCUUUAAAAACGUCCUGAACCUCUGGAACUUGACUUAUCUUUGUUAACAAGCUGAGCUAACGUUAGCAUUAGCUCGCAGCCACAUCCUGUCAACCAAAGCUAAUGGAGAAACACAACUUUUUAAUGUGAAACUGCUUUAUUCAGUGCCUUUACUGGUUUUACUCACCGUUUCCACUUGUUUUGGAGACGUUUUAAUCCUUCAUGUUAAUUCGGGUAAAAACAUCCUUAAUGUCUGCAUCUUUAGAUACCAGAGAAACAAGCUGAGGUAAUGUUAGCUUCUGUGCUAGCGCUACCCCCUCCAUACAGUUCAGGCCGAGUUGCUUAGGAGAAAUAAGGAGUUUAAACAUGAAACUGCUUUACUUAGUGUUUUAACUCUUUUAACUCACAUUGUACUUUACUCUGAAGAGAAGGACACCUCUGUGGAUAGUUCGGCUUUCAGUAGACAUGAUAGUGAUGGCUGUGACAUGUAUUAAACAGACUGCAAAACUGCCUUCUAGGUAGUAACCAACCUUUACAUGCAUGUGUUUCUGAAGGUGCACAUGAACAUGUCACUCACUUAAUUCACUAUAUGAGUUAUGGACUGCUUUGCUUGGCUUUUAAAGUGUGCAAAUAGAGAGUUGUACAAAUAUGCAUACCACACACAACCUGAUACAGGCCUUUUACAGUACAAGCAGUUUCUAAAUUGUUGCAGACACUUCGCAUGGUGUGAUUUCACUGAUGUUAUUGAGGAAACAUGCAGUUCGUCUAUGUAUGUUUGAAAGAUUGCAUUACCUGACUUUUAAGUUAUGAAACAUUAAUGAUCAGUGAAAUUAAAGUGUUGUUUCUCUUUC